AUGACCACUGAAACCCUAGCACUCAGACCUUCAAAUAUUGAUGCGACAGUGGACUCUGGAGGAAAUGUGAGUGGCUAUUGCAUCUGGCCAUCUGAGGAGGUUUUGGCUCACUACUGCCUCAAGCACAAUAAUCUGUUCAGGGACCUUGCUGUGUGUGAGCUAGGGGGUGGCAUGACAUGCUUGGCUGGGCUCAUGGUUGCUAUUUCUGCAGAUGUCAAAGAAGUUCUGUUAACUGAUGGGAAUGAAAAGGCCAUCAGAAACGUGAGAGACAUCAUCACAAGGAAUCGGAAGGCUGGUGUGUUUAAGACUCGGGAAGUAUCAAGCUGCGUUUUACGAUGGGAUAAUGAGACAGAUGUCUCUCAAGUGGAAGGACAUUUUGACAUUGUUAUGUGUGCUGACUGCCUGUUUCUGGACCAGUACAGAGCCAGCCUUGUUGAUGCAAUAAAGAGAUUACUCCAGCCCAGGGGGACAGCAAUGGUAUUUGCCCCACGCCGAGGGAAUACUUUAAACCAGUUUUGCAAUCUAGCUGAAAAAGCUGGUUUCUCUAUCCAAAGACAUGAAAAUUAUGAUGAACACAUUUCAAACUUCCACUCCAAGUUGAAAAAGGAAAACCCAAAUAUAUACGAAGAAAAUCUUCAUUACCCGCUUCUGCUCAUUCUAACCAAAAAUGAAUAGAAGAUUAAGCUCCUCAAAAGAAGAAGAAGACAUCGAGGACACAGGGAAUGUUUUCACAGAACCAGAAAUCUGUAAUGGGUAUAAUAUGCAGCCAGACAUUGGCUCCCUGCAAUUCCUGAGCCCCCAGGACUGAGCCCCCACCCUCUAUGUGGGUUGUGGGGUCCUGGCCUCCCAGCGUUGUUCCCCACCAUCCCUGCUCAGCUCCCUCACUGCCUCUUUUUAUAGUUGGCUUGUUGCUCUUCCUCCUGCACCAGACCUUUGUUUGCCUCUAAAUAUGUGUAAGCCGCCUGUCUGAGGUCUGAAUUUGACUGGU